UCAAUAAAUUUUAUUAAGACUUAGUACAAAAAAACCAUACGCUUAAAAGUCACCAUAUAUUCUCUAGAAAAUCGUCAAAAGUAAUAUGAGCCUGGGCUACCUGUGCUAGCAGGUAUGCCCUACAUAAAGUCAAAGUAAAUGAGAAAUGUCUUGUCUUAUCUCUUGUAUCAAAAGAAAGGAAGUGUGAAGGUUUGAAGGUUGUUUGAAAGGAUUUUUUUGAGCCGAUCGGCAAUCAUACGUGACGCCAUUACAUACACAAUUUCACACAACCUUAGAAUGGCAAGCCUUUGACCUACAUUAGCCAGUCACCACGUCAUUUGUAGCACGGAUUUCUUUUAUCUUGAAAUUGUUACCUCUUCUCCUGCCCAACGUUGUUUUGUACUCGAUAUGGCAAACUUAAAGUCGAUUUUAUCGACAUCGACUACAGACUCACUUGAUUACUACUCGCAAGGCUAUGCUAUAUACUUGAAGUUCUCUCAGCAUCACCAACGAUGCAAGGACAUCAUACAACAAGAGAUUCCCCGUGUUGUUUCUCGAAUUCUGCCCGCGCUAUCCGCGAGCCAGCGGCUAUCGAUUCUGAGCAUUGGUGCGGGAGAUGGUAAAAUGGAUAGAGAGGUUAUAAAUGCAGCUUUGAAAGCAUUGCCAGAGGCAUUUAUGAUUGCUAACACAGCCGUCGAGCCAAACGCAAAUGAAUUGGCAGUGUACAAAGAAGCAAUUGCAAGAGCGCAAGCUCAAUACAGCCUGGGAAAUCACCGUGUUGAAUGGAGAAUGGAGUGCCAGACAUUUAACACAUUCUUGCAAAGAUCGAGUGAGUCCACAGCCUUCGAUCUUGUUCACUUUAUUUACAGUAUUUACUACAUGGAUGACUUGGAAGUAGCGUUACGGCAGUGUUAUGAAAGAAUGUUGCGUGACACCGGAGCCAUUCUUGUCGUUCUCCGAACACCUGAGGACCUGAUUUCUCAGCUUGCUUCUUGCUUCGCCAGUGUUGGUAUCCAAGCGGCCAAGGGAACGGAAGAUCUCCGCGACACUCAUGUCAUAGAAAUCGCAAGGAAACUUGGCUGGGUUUACGAGCGUCGAAUACUACCCUUCACCAUUGAUGUGACCGAUCUUUACGAUGCGUUGUCAAUCGACGGUAACAUGUUGUUGGAUUUUCUUACUCACUUUGUUGACUUCAGAAAAACUGCUGGCCCCGAAUUAAUGCGCGAUGUUUUGCAAUUCAUCAAGGAUAACUCCAAGAUUAACGAAGGGGGUAGAAGGGAAGGCAGAAAAGAGGUAGCAGCAGUAGUUAUAUACAAAGGAAUAGUAUGAACCUUAAAUAAAAAAGUAGCAGUAUAAUCAAGAUAAAUAUAAAAAAGAAUAUUGCUAUUUGGAAUUUUGCGAACCAUUAAAAUGCAAAUGACUCCGA